AUGCCCGAAGGAAUCAGGCAUUUGCGUCAUUUUGAUGCCUCCGAGACUGUUCCUGCGAACGGCAACCUCAACCGCCUACAUUUUAAGCGCGACUUAUGUUGCUCGUUGUAUGAAAUCCAGCUUACUGCUCGAGCAUUUACCUCUACAGCGUCCAAGUUCAGCGUCGCGGAGGAUGUCACGUUAUUCUACCCCGCUGCUCCGACGAUUUCCGAGUAUCCGUACAUCGAUUCCUCUGAAACGAUCCUAGGAAUUGAACCGGUGUCUGUCGACGAGACUGGAGCCACGCACUAUGUCGGGUCGCAAGUCUUCAGCCAUGUUGUCUUCGUGGACCAGAACUACACAAGCACGGUCGUCAGCGUUGCUGAGCCCUCAACUACGCACUUCACCUUCGUGGCAGACGCGACCCGGCAUCGAGUCAUCCAAACUCGCACUAUCUCGGACGAUGCCGGUUACGGAGUGAGCGUUGACGAGCUGGACUGUGUAUUGGACGAGGAGGGGGAGGAUUUCUCUUGUGUCCACAAGAUCGUUGAUUCGGCUUCGGGGCAGCCUCCGUCCACCGCGUAUUAUAAUCCAACGUGGAGCGGAGCCAAGUCAGCUUAUUGGACGAUCGAGAACGUGGAGACAUUCAGUAUCCCUCGUCCCACUGUCACCGGGGAGGAUACUGGCGAAGAGGACUCGGAUUCUGGUGUUGGCUCAAGGGUUCUGAGAGGUGCUGAUGUCGUGGUGGGACUUGGAGUGAUGCUCUUUGCGGGUAUGGUUCUGGUAUAA